GGUUUACAGGAAAUAUGACUUUCAGGAAGUAGACUUUGAGAAUUUUUUUUGUCGCCAGCUACAGUAGUAAAUUGAGAGAAAGUGAAGGUUACUUUCAUGAACAAAAGUGUAUGCUAGGUAGCUGCGUAUAUCAUUAUAAAACUAACGUUUUUCGUUGGCCAAAGUCUACUUUUAAGGUAGGACAAAUUUUACAGUCACUACUCACGAGCGAAAGGUCAGGACUAUCUGAGGACCAUGAGUCGCGUUCCCCUGCAGCAGCAGCAGAGCUGUGGCUCCUGGGAGCUGAAGGAACGCCUGGGGACCGGGGGCUUCGGGAAUGUCACCCGAUGGCAGAACAAGGACACAGAGGAGCAGAUAGCCAUUAAGCAGUGUCGUCAGGAGCUGAGUGAGAGGAACAGAGAGCGCUGGUGUCUGGAGAUACAGAUCAUGAAGAGACUGGACCAUGUGAAUGUGGUAGCAGCGAGGGAGGUUCCUGAAGGGCUGCAGUCCUCCUUACGCAUCAAUGAUCUACCUCUACUGGCCAUGGAGUACUGUCAGGGAGGUGACCUGAGGAAGUAUCUGAACCUGUUGGAGAACUGCUGUGGAAUGAGGGAGGGUUCCAUCCUUAUUCUGCUACGGGACAUAUCCUCUGCUCUGACCUACCUUCAUAAGAAGAGGAUCAUCCACAGAGAUCUGAAGCCAGAGAACAUCGUCCUCCAGCAGGGAGAGAAGAGAUUGAUCCAUAAGAUCAUAGAUCUGGGCUACGCCAAGGAACUGGACCAGAACAGUCUGUGUACUUCAUUCGUUGGAACACUGCAAUACCUGGCUCCAGAGCUCUUGGAGAGACAGAAGUAUACAGUGACUGUGGAUUAUUGGAGCUUUGGUACAUUGGUGUUUGAGUGCAUCACUGGGUUCCGGCCUUUUCUGCCAACCUGGCAACCCGUGCCCUGGCAUAGUAAGUUGAAGUUGAAGCAGGAUCAUGACAUUGUGGUUUAUGAGGACCUGACAGGGGAGGUGCGCUUCUCUAAACACCUUCCCCAGCCCAACAACCUCAACACUCUGUUGUUGGGCCGUCUAGAGAGCUGGCUGCAGCUGAUGCUGAGGUGGUCUCCCCAGGAGAGAGGCAAGGCAGACCCCCAGACCACUUCCUCAGACUGCUUCUCUCAGCUAGAGACUAUACUGGAGCUGAAGCUGGUUCACGUAUUGAACAUGGUGUCUGCUAAGAUCUUCACCUACUCUGUCUCAGCCAAUGAGAGCGUGGCUGAUCUGCAGCAGCGAAUCGGGUCUGACACCAACAUCCCUCCAGCCAAUCAAGAGCUACUGUUGGAGGCGGGACUAGCCCUGGAGCCACAGGGAGAGGCGGGGCAGUGUGCCAUCGACUACACUGAGAUAGACGGGAGGAGGACAGACCUUCCUCUGGUGUUUCUGUUUGACCGUUCAUCCUGCACCUACGAGCCCCAGUUCACCCCCCGCACAAUGCCAGAGAACAUACGCUUUGUCCAGACGGAUCCUAAGCACGUGUUGUCUUACAGUCCUCUGAGGAGGACCUGGGGCCAGGCCUGGGACACCAUCCGCACCCUGAAGGAGGACUGGCAGAGGUUACAGCAGGGACAGAAAGCUGCUCUCAUGAGUUUGCUGAGACACAACAGCUCCCUUUCGAAGCAGAAGAAUGAGAUGGUGUCUAUGAACCAGAGGCUGACGGCCAAACUAGACUUCUUCUCUACCAGCCUGCACAUAGACAUGGACAAAUACCAGGAGCAGAGAGCUACAGGGAUAGCCUCUGAAAAGCUGCUGGGUGUGUGGAGGGAGAUGGAGCAGACUGCAGUCAGCUGUGGCCAGGCAGAGAGGGUGACAGAGCUGGACGAGGAGAUGAUGCUCCUCCAGACAGACAUCGUGGACCUCCAGAGACAACCAUGGAGGAGUGGAGAGGCCCUGGACACACUUGAGGGGAAGGCCUUGGAGUUGUUCCGUAAGCUGAAAGAGAAACCCAGAGACCAGAGGUGUGGGGGGGACAGUCAAGAGGUAGUACGUCUGGUGGUCCAGGCAGUCCAGUUCUACGAGAGGAAACUCAAAGACUUCUACACACACCUCAGUAAGACGGUGGUGUGUCGUCAGCGUGUAAUGGAGCUGCUACCCCGUGUAGAGGGCGUGGUACAGAGGAUGGCUGAGAGUGAACAGGUCCUAAUGAAUCUACAGGAGAGACGGCAGAGGGAACUAUGGAACCUGCUGAAAGUAGCCUGUAGUAAGGUGCGCAGCCCGGUGAGUGGGAGUCCUGUGGAUGGGGGACGCUCUUCCUCCUCUGUUCCCCCUCUACUGACCCCCAGACCCAGCCUACAGCAGCUGGAUGAGUCUCUGUUGGUGAUCGAGGAGAGCAGGACGUUUGAGAGUCGACUACAGAGUCUGAUACAGGAGACCAUCCAGGAGUCUGAAAGCGAUAUGCAGUUGCUGCGAGAGUGGACGUGGCUGAGUGAAGGACAGGACCUUUCCUCUGAUCUUUCCUGACUCUACUGGUUCCCUCGGAGGAGGCAGGGGUUUCCCCUAGUUACUGAUACAGGGUCAGAUAUGAUGUCAUCCCCCUAAUUGUCAUGUUAAGGAUUGGAGUUAGGUUAACCUGAGGUUAAGGGACGAUUCUGUCUCAAACUGAUGUCAAACAGAAGAGCCGUCCCAUUCCAGACCCCCUGCUGUGGUCCUCUGCUGCCGCUGUGUGGUGGGGAAGACUUACUGCAACAGAUUGCAUCGCACAAUUUGACAUUGACUCUUGGGGGUGCCCCAAAAAUAAUGGAUUGAGCCAACAUUUAUAUUUUCCAGGCUCAUUGGCGUGCCGACAUUAACAUGUGCAACACCGCUGUAAUCUAUACCCUGGUGUAUUGGAGUCAUCUUUAAUCCUGCUCUAAAGGGUGUAGGUUUGAAUGAGGAAAAUGAUGUUGACCACUGGCAUAGCUGUAUUUAAACCAGUGGCCUGUUCCAAUCAAAACCAGUAAUCCCACUGGUUGUCCUCUUGACUAAAGUCCUGGUGGUACUUGUUCUAGAAAGGUCUUGUCUGGCCCCUGGUGAUGAUUCCUAAUCUUUCAAAUAUGUUUUUUAUGCUUGCCACAAAAUAUUCUCUGCCCAAGGUUUUAGCUGUAGCUUUUAUAUUCAGUUACCAUUCUCACGGUUCUCCCCAAAGAAUGUAAAAGAGGCCCCAUUGUGGACUUGCUGUGCCACUAUGUAAAAACAUAUAUAUUUUUACUUUAUUUGUUAUCAUAUAGGGCAAUUUCUGGGUCUAGAUUGCAGGAAAUGGCAGUUACAGGUGUUAAAAAACACAAAAAUCACAACCUUAUUAAAAAAUCCUGGGGAGAACCCUGCAGUCUAUAACAGGGCUUUUGGGGCCUCCCGGGUGGCACAGUGGUCUAGAGGCUAGCUGCGCCACCAGAGUCUCUGGGUUCGCGCCCAGGCUCUGUCGCAGCCGGCCGCGACCGGGAGGUCCGUGGGGCGACGCACAAUUGGCUUAGCGUCGUCCGGGUUAGGGAGGGUUUGGCCGGUAGGGAUAUCCUUGUCUCAUCGCACUCCAGCGACUACUGUGGCGGGCCGGGCGCAGUGCGCGCUAACCGAGGGGGGUGCACGCAGUGCACGGUGUUUCCUCCGACACAUUGGUGCGGCUGGCUUCCGGGUUGGAGGCGCGCUGUGUUAAGAAGCAGUGCGGCUUGGUUGGGUUGUGCUUCGGAGGACGCAUGGCUUUCGACCUUCGUCUCUCCCGAGCCCGUACGGGAGUUGUAGCGAUGAGACAAGAUAGUAAUUACUAGCGAUUGGAUACCACGCAAAUUGGGGAGAAAAGGGGAUAAAAUUUAAAAUAAAAUAACUGGCCUUUUGGGGAUUUUUUGGUUUGAAACUGUAUAUUUUAUGAUGCCUUAUGAUGCCUUUAUGAUGUCUUAUCUCUAUGUACAUUACUAAGGCUGAUGCAGAAUAUCCUCUGUUUUUGUGUAUAUACUUAUUUUUAAUUGUUAACAUUUUAAAAUAAUUGAUAUUUCAACAUUUAUUGCAGUAUAUUAAUUGGUUGUUUUAUUUUUCUGUAUUUUACUUGAUUUAACUGUGGUCUAUUAUUAUGUGUAAGUACGUGUAUCUGGUUGAAUUAAACUUCAACCACCACAGAUCGAUAAGAGUGCUCGACAUAUGAUGGUGACAUGACAUUACUACCAUGACUUUAAACAAAACAAAUUAUGGUGACAUGACAUUACUACCAUGACUUUAAACAUUUUGAAUACAGGACACUCAAAGUGUU